AAAAAAGUUUAUGUGAUGGUGCGCAAAUUUUAGAAAAAUAGAUAAACAUAAAGUUAAAGUCCUUCGACUCCCAUAUUAAGCAAGUCUACCGAAAGCAACGGCGCAAGAGACACUGCUAGGGGGGCUUGAGUUUUUCGCUUGAUAUGGGUUCAAGCCCGCGCUACCCGCUUGAAAUGAACUUGCAAAACGGUCGUCCUCGGCCAUAUUAAUAUUUGGAAUGUCAAUACAUAUCAUACCGAAUAGGAAUGCAAAAAAUACAGACGCUGCAUCAACACGACGUAACUCAUUCUCUCCAUUGCUUUUUGUAAGCCAGCCUGAAAGCAGUCGCCUACCGAUGGACGAGCAGAAGAAGAUGGAAAUGUUUUUGCCAGGAGUAAAAAUUAUGAUAGAUUUUUGAACUACUAUGAGUCUUCGUUGAGUACCAUGGUGAAUAAGACGGUGCCUGUGUCCUUGGCAAGCUUGUGCUGCUGGCGUCCUUGCUUCUUGAACAAGUUCAAUGUGGUACGGACACGACAACGUCAGGAGCGAGCACGUGCUUCAUGGUGCGCCAUGAUCUGUUUUCUCUCGUGUUGCCUCGUCCCCACCGUGAUCGCCAGCGCAGCUGCGACGCCAGGAGAUGAUGAAAGGAGCGAGAACAAUUUUAGCAGAACAAGAAGUGAGGCUUUAUUUAUGACAGUCAUGCGCAACCCCUCGCUCUUCCCCCCAUUUGUCAUGCAAAAUCAACAUCAAGUACAACUUGCUGCAUUGGCAUUGCAAGUCCACGCUUUGCCGCUUGGCAUUGCUUGCGUGACAGCAGGCUCCGGGAGGAGCCCAAAUAGCACUACAAUCCUGUUCGAGUUUGUCAACAUGCAAAGCCGGCAUAUUUGAAACAAAUAAAUGCCAGAGCUUGGGUUGCUGUGUAUUCUUCAAAUUGUUAUCGAUGCUAUCCAGAUGAGGGGGAGCGGAAGUUGUGCACACUCAUAGAUUUCUCGGGCGGCGUGAGCGAGCGGCAGGCGGGGCGGCAGAAGCAUCUGCACAACGAAAUAUGAUUUGCAAAAGAAGCAUCGCUCUUAUGAUUCUGUUUAUCAUCAAUUUCAAUCUGUAAUAAUAAAUCGCAUGUUGACACACAGAUUUUUCCAAAUAGCACUAGUAGACGAGCUGCAAUGUUUUGGUCAGCAUUCAGAUGCAGGUGGACAGAACAAGCCUUAUAAUUUUCUGUCAUGCAAUUGCAAGAUUGGCAUUAGCGAUCCUCGAUUCGCAGUGGAUAUGAUUACGAACUGUCCCCUCAAAGCAAUCAGCCUGACCUGCGCGCAGCUGUUGAAGAUACGCAGGACCUGUCAGCGACGCCAUCUCGACGUAGUGACGAAGCGAGAAAGGCUGCCUAUCAACUGCAUACAUGUCCUCUGGGUCGUCUGGAAGAGUGCAAAUUCUUGCUCUGCUGUUUUUGUAUGAAACAGAAGGUCUGCGUCUGGCAUUAUACAGGUCCUACUAGCAUCAGAGAUUUUUCGAUCACCUGGUGCGCGUGGGCAUGCCUUGUCCGCGGCAUGAGAAAUCGUAGUCCGGGUCGCACAAAGAGACCAGGUUUUGUGGGCCGCGCAAGACAGAUUUUUGUGGUGGCCAGAGUUAGCUGCAUCACAGAUUCGCACCCUUCCAGAGGACCCAGACGUAUUUGCAUUUGAUACUGGCACCACCAGAAGUGCAGUUGCGACGGGACCACAAACUACGCGAGCAGAGCAGGAUCACGUACAUCAAAAACAAAAAGAAGAACCGCGGGUGGGGCCAAGAAAUAACGGGCCUGACUUUCUCUCCGUGGAGACCUUGCCUGACGGCCGCAUCUCUCAGCUCAGCAGCUUCUUUGCGCAGGACGAGCAAGAGCAAGUAGGCAGUGGUACAGAUGACAGAAACCACUACGAAGAGGAGAGCGCCCAGCAGCCCCAGCACGUCCAGAACUACUAUGGCCGCGGUGGUCGGCACCUCCGGGGCCGCGACGCCGACGAGUUGGGGGCACCGGCGGACAACUCUACCACCUCCGUCUACUUCGCGGCCAAAACGACAGCUCCAAGCCGACGUUCUCGGCCUAGCGAACACGCCAAGAAUAAAAUGACUUGGCUGCAGCUGAUGUCAGGCCGCGCAGGUCGUUCACGUUCCGCAGGACGAUCCUCCUCGUCGUCCCCUGCCCGGCCGCGAGUGAGGUAUGAGAGUGCACAGCUCCACCAGCGCCUGUCCCUCAUUUGUAAGUACAUCACGCAAGAACAUGAAGAACAUUCCAAAUCCACUCCACCUUGUCCGAUGUCCUCCCUUGUCGUUCGCCACUGUUUAUUUAAUAAAAAGACUCGCGGCGGCGACGCGGACAAGCGAUAUAAUAUACCGCUCUAGUGGUCCACGUGUAGGUGUGUAGUUAAAGUUAUGCCGAAGGAGCUGCAGUGUUGCUGUUGCAGCUGUUCGUCUUCAUCAUCUUGCUGUGAAAAUAUUAAAAACUCCAUACAAAUACUAUCGUGUAGGGGGGCGCUGUGGUGCUCUCUCCGCCCCAUAGAACAAGGAAGCACGACGAACAGGACGUCGCAACGACCACCGAGGAAGAAGAGCAGCUGUCCUCGAGCAGGGGCGCAAGAAGACCGUCGGAGACGUGGGUAGACUUCUUUGCAAACGGUCUGGGGGCGGUGGCGCUGCGACAGGUGACGCGCGGGAUGAUCAGCAUGGCGAGCGGUGGAUCAUCCGCCAAAGAGUUUCUUUCCAGCAAAGAGAUCAAAGCGCCGCUGCGCCUCUUGACCCAAUCCCUCAACGGGGCGGCAGGAGGCGAAAGUGGCGGGCUGACGGCGGCUUUGAGUACCGACACCGGGAACGUCAAUCGGUUUCUAGGGAACGACCUCGGUCUCCUGCGACCCGAAGGCGCAGCCGUUUUCGUACAGGUCAUAUUCCGUGGUCAACAAACGGCUGGUGGGAGCACUCCGGCACCGAUCGAAGGGCCGUCGCCCUUGUUCGCGGAGUUACAAGGUCCGCUGCAGACUGCGCUGCAGGGGCAGGUCGGCAAGGUGCUAAAAGGCGACGUUCGGAAUCAGAAAUCGACGACACGGCGAGACCUUUCGCUGCCGGUGCAUUUCGCCUCACCCGUCGCCGUGAAGCUUCCGCCAGGGAAGACUGAAAUAAAACAUCCCAAUCAUCUGCAACAGCAACAGUUUCAGAUCAACCUGCAAUACCUGUUUCCACUCCCGCAAGCCGGUGACCUGGUGACGUUCCUAAUCCCCGUCUUCAGCAGCUCUACUAAUUCGGCGAGUCCGCAGCUCAUGUUCAGCCCCGGAUCUGUUUUUGCGGUGACGCAGGUGGCUUAUCAUGUGGUCGGCACGGAGGAAAAAGCUGCGAAUCAUCAUGGCGGGCAGAAACAGCCGCAACCAACCUUCGCCAGUCCGGAGGACCUUUUUUCACGCGGAAAGAAGGUUGCUCGGAUCUCCUUGGAAGCGGUCCCCCUGGAGAACUUCCUUGGCCUUCGUGGGCCACAGGCGUACGCUCCGCGUAUCUUCCUAGAGGACUUGGCCGCCGAUACUCUCCGACUUCUCCCCCCGGGAGCUACGAAGCUAGCGGCUCCGGGGCAGCAGGAUGAAAGCCACACCCAUGUUGCGAAAGCUCCGCCUGCUGCUGGGCCACAAGCUAAGGCCUCGGCCUCUGCGACCACGCCGUCGGCCAGUGCGACUUCGAGCGGCAGCCAUUUAUUGGACACAGCGCGUGUCGGGGGCUUUCGCGUGUUCGCGCCCGCCGGCUUGGUGCGAAAAAAAGGGGAAAAAAAAAAGCGGCGGGGACAGCUCCGAGUCUACCGAGUUUUCUACGACCGAGCGAGCUUUGCGCGAACUCUCGUUCCGGGUAGAAGCAGCGGCGCAGCGGUGUCCACAGAACGCCUGCAGGGGGUGCUACUGGAGGAAGACUACGCGUUUUACCGCCUCUUGCACUUCGCCGCGAAAAACCUUGCCCGGCUGCUGCGCGGCUUCCUACAGUCCAGUCGGCUGCAUAUUCCGAAGACGCUGCUCCGGGAGUAUGACUACAAGAAGGCAAGAACGUCCUCUCUCCCGGCGGGUUUGGGCAAGAAGAAAAGGCAGACCAGCACGGCGCGACAACUAUAACCCGCUCACGCGUAAAUAUCUCAACUGUGAGAGUGUUUUGAUCUUCGGAGCCUUUAUUGUCUUGCAUGAGCCGCAGGUGGAAGAACGUGCGAAGCCACACUGGUUCAUUCGCAACCAGCACAAAGUUACUUCACGUAGAUGCUAUUAGGGCAUUCAGAUCGGCGAUAUUCCAGCAUGAGUUUACAUAUACGUUUACAUUCUAUAAAAAAAUAUAUAUGAAAGUGCCAAAUCAUAAUCAGCGCGCACUCGUCUUUGUCUUUGUCUUUGCAUGAUGAUGAUCUUGAUGAUAUGCAUCUGCAUCAUGGGCCUCCUACUUCAUCAUUACCACCGAAGAGGUUGUCCCGCGUGAGAGGGUUAUAAGGAUCUCCGUCGAAGGACCGCGGGGACGCCGAGCGAGAAAUUCGCGCGAAAUUGGGGAAACGGGCCAAGCGGUAUCUUGAGGGGUUGAUAUUGGAAUGAAAAGCGCCCCACCUUCCCCAGAAGAUGAAGAGGGAAAUGUGUUUGGCCCAAAGUUUCCAAAUGGAAGCAGGAGCUUGUGCUUCUUCUUUAUCUUUGUGUUGCAUGGCAUGCCAUGCGUGGAAGAACCAAUUACGAGUUUUCCUGAUCUAGUCUCCUACAUGACGAACGCCGCUGUUGCUCGGCCUUUUUGCAGCGGAUAUUUGUGCAGCGGGAAUUCGCGGCGCUGAUACAUGCAAGUCCGGGAAUGUGCUUAGUUUUUCUUGGCGGGUUUGCAAUGCAAAUGCUGCCAAGUAGCAGUUCUGGGCCAGGUGCGGUUUUCAUCAUGAUAGGUGAUGAAGCAGAUUCUGCAGGCGACCUUCGCGGCCUUCGCCGACGAAAAAGUACUUGAAACCGACUUCGCUUAUUCUGUGAAAAACGUCCCCAUCCCAACACUGUCAUGCAAAAAAUCCUCAUGCCUAAAAAAACAUGUUUCUCAUGCGCAGCUCCAUAAUGAGGAGCAUUUAUUUCUAGUCGUGUUUUAUUUCAGAUUUGUGAUGCUCUUCAAAUGAUAUUAAGCGAUAUAUGCUAGAUCUGUGAUGUGUUGUGGUUACACUACCUCAACAAGACUACUUACUUACCCUGCUAGCCCAAAUUUUUUGUAAUGCUCAACAACCACAGCUCGGCGAAGGCGAUUUGUUUAGCAGAUUUCCCGUCUUGAGGAUGUUGGAGCGGGAACGUUUGUACCCAGGAUAGCGCUCCGCCGCUUUACCAUGGUUUGCAGGUGCUGGACGUCUUUCCUAGGUUGACGGAGCGCGACCUUUUGUCUACGGACAGCAAGCUGCUCGCGUUUCCAAUGCAGGAUAGUUUCCUCCUGAUGCCCGAAGUGCGUGGCUUCGGCUUGUUUACGGGAACAGGCGGCGGAAAAAAAUCAGCUCCGUCUACCACUGGCACGUACUUCGGCCGGGCGAGGCGCGCAAUGUCCGGCGUGAGCGACACGCUCGACAUGUUUGGAGAGAUGUUUGGGGCGCCUGCGGAAGAUAAUGACGCGCCAGACCAAGCCCCGGCUCGAUUGUUGCUCCCCAUUGUCAAGCGCGUAGUGCAGGGAAUCGAUUGGCAACAUUUUACCAGUGUGGACGUUCUAUCCGGCUGGCUCCUGGGAACACUGGGAAGGGCGCGCGAUCUCGGGGCAGAAACUACACAAGAAAAGGACGGCCACGACACGAAGAUCCCGAGAACAACGAGAACGAUCGCGAACAGAACGCCAAAGGGGAGCCUCCUGCAGUUCUUCCAGGGUAACAGGCGGGAACAGAUGCAGCAGACGAGGACACGUCGAGAACCCUAUGAGAACCAUGAGAAAGAGCGCGCUGAUGCAGAUGUAAUACUAAACCAGGCGGCUCCGACGAAAACUACCCCACGCACUGCCACUGUUCUUUCCGGUCCAGCUUCAUCAUUUUCCGAGAUGGUGGCGUCUAUUGAAUGCAAAACUAUCUUCUACUCGCAGGUAGGUUUAGAAAUUGCCUUCUUUGUGUUUCCUUAUGCAUCGGCUCUCCACGUGCCCGUCCGCGGCUUGCCUUUGCAAUGACUUUUUUGUAUGCUUCGCUAGUCGAAGAGCUAGUGCGGAGCGACUUAAACUAAGAGGGCCCAGUGCCUCCGUGUCAUGCAACACUGCGAUAUUGAAAAAUUGGCACGCCAAGCAACGAGUAUGAUUCUUUUUCCCAGCAGGAUAGCAGCAUCGCCGGAGGCUCAAUUUGCCGGCGUAAUUGUCGCGAUGCUUUUGCUCGUGCAAGGCUUUUUGUCGGUCAGCGGGAGGAAAGCGAAAGAGCAGGAGGACCAAAGCCGAAACAGAAACGCCGCUGGCGGUACAGCUCCUACAACUACAACUUUGGCGGAGUUAAUACACCACGCUCCGAUCGCAGGCGGCGUAGGCGAUUCCUUUCGGCGCACGGGAGAGUUUCUGUUCGGAAGAGAUGAGGCGGACAAGACGGGCCCAUCUCGCUCGCGGAAGACUAAGGAUGGCGGUGUGGAUCGGCGCCUGGUACAGAGCUUCGUCGACGUCCUCCCGGUCCUGCAAGCGGAAUGGGGCCGCGUCUUAGAUAUCCCCCUUAAAAGAAGCACCGCGCCCGUGCCAAGUGCAAGAUGAAUACAUAAAGCACGCCGUAGUAGUUUUUUCGUUUUCCAUGUUGAUCUUCAUACAUCAUCUAGAUGUCUAUUCUCUUUUGCGAUUCAUCACUCAUCUGUUUCUCAUCGUUAUUGCAUGAUGCGCUCUUCUAAGCGUGCCGCUGCCGUGAGUGAACUUUCUUUGUGCUUACUGUUUAAAAAAAGUUUCGUAUCUGCCAGAUGCGAAACUUUAUCAUCCAGAUUGGAUAAAGAUAUCUAUACAUUUACAUUAUAAGAUUUACUGGAAGAUACUGCCGAUGCCACUUGCGCCUUUGCUUUUGCAGUUGCAUACUGCCAUCGGGGAAACGGUACCUGAAUCCAGCAGAGGAGAAAAAGGCACAAGGCGUUCCGACGGUGCCACAAUUCACUGCGCGGUCGCCAGGGCACAAACGCGCGGGGGCGUCCUUUUUUGAAAUCCUGGCCAAGCAGAACCUGGGUCGCGCGAAGUCAUCAAGCUCUCACAUUCAGAUGCGCCAAGACCACUACUUCUGGCAGCGCCAAGAGUACUCGUCUCGACCCGUCACGGAACAGCAGGGGCAGCGACGCAGGGCCGCCGACAGUGAAGAUGCAAGUACUCUGGACUCGGGGGACGAAAAUGGAGAAGCGCGCUCGAAUCCGAAAGGCAGCACAAUCCGCCCUGGAAGAUAUCAAGCCGCAACUACAGCGGCGCGUUGGUGGACGACCCCAGCGGCCCGCCGCGGCCUUGUCGGUGCUCCGGUACGAGCGACAGGCACUGCGUCUGCUGAAGAUGCAAAGUUGCUGCCUACCGAACUCCCCAAGCAACACUCCGGGGCGCUGCGCCCCGGAUCGGGAGGCCCUCCGGGACCCCCGGAAACUGUAGUAACACCGAGCACAAGGAAGGACCGCUGCGCAGCGUGCACAUCAUGUUGCUCUGCUUUGUUUUCCUCCUGUUGGCACACGUUUUUAGCGCCAGCACCAGGACUAGCAUGGAACUUUUUUUCUUGGGUCGCAGCAGGAACAUGGAACAAUUUACGUCGGGCUCCAGCAACGGCAUACGCAUACCCAAUAAGAUCCUUCCUCAUGUUGAUGGCUUUUAUUACCAUUUUCACAGUCAUAUUGUCUAUACACUAUCUCACUCCUUUGACGGGGAUCCAGGACCUCCACCUAAUUGUCAUUGCAUUUGGCAUUUUGUUGGCGGGUCUGGGGUACCAAUUCAUAAAGUUGAAACAACAACCAACUGAUGAUCAUGGUCGUCCACUUGAUCCUGAUGGUCGUCCACGUCGGCGCAGGCGCAGCGCUUGAAAUCAAAAUAAAAAACAACGACAAAAUAGCUAUGGAACACACAAGACAACACAGCCGGGCCGCGGCCGCAGCGCGGGACCAAAGCGGACCACAACGACAAGAUCCAUACUCUUUUGACAAUCGGCGGAGUACUGCGCAGAAGCGCGACACAGAGGCUGCCCGGGAAGCAGAGCCUUGGCCUCCAUGCGCACAAAACAACACCUCCACAUGUCCCCCAUGUUCCGACUACAUUCACACCAAUUUU